AUGUUUGCCGGACGGCGCUUCACGCGCGCCGAGCACGCCCAGGUGCGCGCCGUCUCCAAGGCCGCCGCCACCUUCGCGCGCAACGUGGACCCCAUGGGCGGCGCCGUCUCGCAGACGCCCUGGCUGCGCCACCUCGCGCCCAAGGCCACGGGCUUCCACGGCGUCAAGACGGCCGGCGCCGUGCUCACCGACCUCGUCAAGAUAACUCGCCGAGUGUCUGUUCUGUACGAGAAGAAACAUUUUGUGAAUGAAAAUAAUUAUUUCAUCCUGCCGUUUGUGGAAGCAGUGCUGCGCGAGACUCUGCGUAGGAACACCAUGCUGCCUCUUGCCAUGCCGCACCUCACCGUGGAAGACACCAAGCUCGACGGAUACGACAUCCCCAAGAGCAUGUUCGUGGUGCUGGCGGCGCUGCUGCAGAACUUCUGCUUCGAGCUGGCCAGCGACAAGGUCACGCCCGACUGCUGCCUGCCGGGCCUCACGCUCACGCCCAAGGACACCUGGAUGCGCGCUACGCCCCGAGCGUAG